CAUAAGAGCCAGCUCCGACUUUCUUUAAUUUCUUGCUACAUCUGUUGCCAAGUUAAUUUCAGUCUUAAUGGGGUUUCAUCUCCCACUCAUCUUUGCUAUUCUCAGUCUAGCAGUGGUUGCACUGGCAAACCAUGCUGCUCAACCAGCACCUCAACUUUACUGGAACUCCGUCCUGCCAAACACACAGAUGCCAAGAUCUAUCAGUGAACUUCUGCAUCCUGACUCCACAAAUGAAGAAAAUAUCGUGAAUGCUGUUGGGAAUGGAAAGGGCAAACCUGAAAUUUUCCCAUUGAGAAAUAGAAAUUACGUUCAAAGCCAUUAUGGAGUGUUAAAUAGAAAUUAUGUUCAAAGCCAUUAUAAAAAACGUCCUCCUCCACCUGAAAAUAUCCCAUUUGCAAAUCGAAAAAAGUACGCACUAGGUUCUCCUCCAUCUGACAAUCAACUACUCCAUUAUAAAGAGUUAGCUAUUUUCUUCUUCGAGAAGGACAUGCGCCCUGGCGCAACAAUGAAGUUCCAAUUCCCUAGAAAUUCAAACACGGCUACUUUCCUGCCACGCGAAAGUGCUCAAUCGAUCCCCUUCUCCUCUAACAAACUAUCAGAAAUUUUCAACCAUUUUUCAGUGAAGCCAACAUCUGCGGAAGCCAAAACAAUUAAGCAAACAAUCGAAGCGUGUGAAGCUCCAGGCAUUAAGGGAGAGGAAAAAUAUUGCGCCACAUCUUUAGAAUCAAUGGUUGAUUUUAGCACUUCGAAGCUUAGAACAAGAAACGUUCAAGCAAUCUCGACGGAGGUAUUGGAAAAAGGAGCCACCAUGCCCAUGCACAAGUAUACAAAAAUGCCGGGACUGAAGAAGCUGGCAGGUGACAGAGUCGUUGUGUGUCAUAAGCAGAACUAUCCCUUUGCUGUGUUUUACUGCCACGCAAUAAAACCCACAGCAGCUUAUGUUCUCUCCCUGAAAGGCGAUGAUGGGGUGAAGGUUAAAGCAGUAGCCAUCUGCCAUCUAGACACAUCAGAAUGGAACCCAAAGCAUUUGGCCUUCCAAAUCCUCAAAGUUAAGCCCGGAACAAUUCCCAUCUGCCAUUUCCUUCCCACUGAUCAUAUUGUCUGGGUUCCGAACCACAAAUCUGCAUGAUCCUCACUUAGCACUGUACGUAUAAUAAGCUUG